AGCCAGAGACCGCACUAGUUUGUUGAGUCGAUCGGACCGCAAAGUCUUGGUUAGGCUAAUGCGCCGAACCAAUUAGUGGUAUUUGAAUGGAGAGUUUACCUAAACAUCAACAUAACUCAAGAUUUUUGAACGAUGACGCAACUUACCUUACUGUUUUAUAAAGGGUUGAGAAUUUCGCAACGACUUCUGUAUCCUAUCUGCAUCCACAAAUGAUUUUUCAGUAGCCUAUACAUUUCGUUCUCUAUACGUGUAUUUAAAAGGUGAAAGGAAGUGCUGGAAUAUAACACUUCAAUAGAAUCAUGGGACAAACUGGGACAUCAUAUGUCCUCUUAGGCGCUCUGCAGUUCACAGUGUUUUUUGUAUUUUUUUCAUCUGAAAUUACAUUUAUUGCAGCUGGAAGUUCACACCCAAGUCUUGGAAAAAACUCCUCCAUUAUUAAUGAAACUAACAAGAAGUGUGACUCAGCUGGUACUGAAUGCAAAGUUGGUGUCAUUCUACCAAUAUGGUUACCAGAGAACCCCUCCUUUGGUGAUAAAUUGGCAAGAGCCACAGUUUACUUUGUGGCUUUGUUUUACAUGUUCCUCGGAGUCUCUAUCAUUGCUGACCGCUUUAUGGCAUCCAUUGAGGUAAUAACAUCUCAAGAGAGAGAGAUCACCAUCAAGAAACCAAACGGCGAAAUUAUUACAACCACUGUGCGUAUUUGGAAUGAGACUGUGUCAAACCUAACAUUAAUGGCUCUGGGUUCCUCUGCACCUGAGAUAUUGCUGUCUGUUGUUGAAGUGUGCGGUCACAACUUUGAUGCAGGUGACCUUGGCCCAAACACCAUCGUUGGCAGUGCUGCCUUCAACAUGUUUGUUAUCAUCGGCCUCUGUGUUUCCGUCAUUCCAGACGGGGAACACCGGAAAGUGAAACAUCUGAGGGUGUUUUUUGUUACUGCCACUUGGAGUAUAUUUGCAUACACCUGGCUUUACCUCAUCUUGGCUGUCAUCUCUCCAGGAAUCGUGGAGGUGUGGGAGGGCCUUGUAACCCUGUUUUUCUUCCCCUUGUGUGUGGGGAUGGCCUACAUAGCGGACCGCAGACUUCUUGUCUACAAGUACAUGUACAAGCGCUACCGCGCAGGGAAGCGGGGAGGGGUAAUCAUUGAAACGGAAGGGGAGGUUCAACUUUCUUCAAAGAUGGACAUUGAAAUGGAUGGGAAGAUACUGAACUCAGAGGGGGUAUUAGAUGGAGCAAUUGGUUUUGAUGAGAAGGAAUUGGACGAGGAGGAUGCCAGGAGGGAAAUGGCCCGGAUCUUAAAGGAACUGAAGCAGAAGCAUCCAGAAAAGGAGACUGAACAGCUGAUAGAGCUGGCCAACUACCAGGUCUUGACACAGCAGCAAAAGAGUCGCGCCUUCUACCGAUGCCAGGCUACCAGGAUCAUGACAGGAGCAGGGAAUGUUCUGAAGAAGCAUGCAGCAGACCAUGCCAGGAAAGCUGUUGGCCUGCACGAGAUCCACUCUGAAGCUUUGGAGAAUGACUUUUCAUCAAAGAUCUUCUUUGACCCUGGUACAUACCAAUGCUUAGAAAAUUGCGGAACAGUGGCCUUGAAUGUGGUACGCCUUGGUGGGGACUUAACCAACACUGUUUCAGUGGAAUAUCGUACUGAAGAUGGCACGGCUAAUGCAGGCUCGGACUACCAGUUCACUGAGGGUGUUGUGGUGUUCAAGCCUGGCGAGACGGAAAAAGAGAUCCGGAUAGACAUAAUUGAUGAUGACAUCUUUGAGGCGGAUGAGCAUUUCCUUGUCCACCUAAGCAAUGUGAAGGUCAUAUCGGAGGGCACUGGCUACAGACAACCAGGGUUUAAUCACACGGACUCUUUGGCCGGCCUUGGUCUUCCCUGCUCGGCCACCGUGACUAUAUUUGAUGAUGACCACGCCGGGAUCUUUACUUUUGAAGAACCGGUAAUGACUGUGAGCGAGAGUAUUGGCCAGAUGGAAGUGAAGGUUCUUCGUACCUCAGGAGCACGAGGGCUAGUGGUCGUACCCUACAAGACCAUAGAGGGUACAGCAAAAGGAGGGGGAGAGGACUUUGAAGAUACAUAUGGAGCACUGGAGUUUCAGAACGACGAGAUCUUCAAAACUAUACAGAUCAAUAUUAUCGAUGACGAGGAGUAUGAGAAAAACAAGAACUUCUUCCUUGAGAUGGGAGAGCCUCGGAUGGUGGAGAUGAGUGAAAGGAAAGCUGUGUUGCUUCAGGAAGUUGGUGGAUUCAUGAAGACAGACAAAAGGCUGUAUGGCAGGGACGUCUACCGGAAGGUACAGAGUAGGGAUAACCCUGUCCCCUCCACCAUUAUCAGCAUUGCAGAGGAAAGGGAUGAGGAGGCACUCUCUAAGAAGGAAGAAGCGGAACGUCUCAUUGCCGAGAUGGGCCGGCCCACUCUGGGGGAGCAUGUCAAACUGGAAGUGAUCAUCGAGGAGUCAUACGAGUUCAAGAACACAGUUGAUAAACUGAUCAAGAAGACUAACCUGGCUCUUCUGAUUGGAACAAAUAGCUGGAGGCAGCAGUUUAUGGAAGCUAUAACUGUCAGCUCUGGUGAUGAUGAUGAGGAUGAGUGCGGUGAAGAGAAACUGCCCUCCUGCUUCGACUACAUCAUGCACUUUCUCACUAUCUUCUGGAAGCUUUUGUUUGCCUUUGUGCCACCUACUGACUACUGGAAUGGCUGGGCCUGCUUUGUGGUCUCCAUCACCAUGAUUGGCCUCCUCACUGCUUUCAUCGGAGACCUGGCCUCCCAUUUUGGUUGCACAGUGGGCCUCAAGGACUCUGUGACUGCUGUGGUGUUUGUGGCGCUUGGGACAUCUGUGCCAGAUACUUUUGCAAGCAAGGUAGCUGCCAUCCAGGACCAGUAUGCCGACGCCUCCAUCGGUAACGUGACGGGCAGCAAUGCCGUCAACGUCUUCUUGGGCAUCGGUGUGGCCUGGUCCAUCGCUGCCAUCUACCACAAUUCCAAGGGAAACGACUUCCGGGUGGACCCAGGCACUCUAGCCUUUUCUGUCACUCUCUUCACCAUCUUCGCCUUUGUCUGCGUAGCUGUGCUCAUGUACCGACGCAGGCCCGAGAUUGGUGGCGAGCUGGGCGGGCCUCGGGGCCCCAAGAUCGCCACCACGUGUCUCUUCUUCAGCCUGUGGUUAAUGUACAUCAUUUUCUCCUCCCUUGAAGCAUAUUGCCACAUCAAGGGCUUUUAACUCCUUUAACAAUAUCUCUGAAAGCAAGAUUCAAUACAGAAGAAUUGAAAUAUCUUUGAAAGUUUCUAAUAUAAGCGUUAAGAAGCUUCUAUAAGAUCUUUGUGACCUUUGAAGUCUUUAAUAUCUUCUAGAAAGUAUUUGACCCUUUCUAAGUAACUUUGAAAACUUCUGAAACGACUUGAAAAGCUUUGUAAAUGUCUUUUAAAUCUUCCUAAAAAGGCUUUGAAAUUUAAAAUUUAGAAAUUCUAAGAUUUUCACCUAGCUUUUGUAUUUUCCUUCACCAAACUGUUGAACACCUUUAUUGCUCUCAUCUAAGACCUCUGAACUGUAAGAUUCUAUCCAAGGUUUUGGCGGCAUUCCUGUCCAACCAAUCCUGUCCAAAGCCAUUGACUAAUACUACGAGGAUAUGGAUCCUAAAUCGAACAUCCAUUACAGUAUGUACCCUUCUAUAAAAUGAAAUGCUUAGGGCAUUCACAGCCACAUCUGAAGCAUCCAAAACAAAAACUAAGACCUCUGAAACAAUUCCAUCAGGAUGUUUCAGAGAUGUUUCAGAUGUUUCAAAGAUCUAUAAUAAGUAUUGAAAUUUCUGCUGAGGAUAUCUUUUUGCACAGUUUUACAUGUAAUUAAAACAUUUGGUGCAAUAUAUCCCUAGUGAAAGUAAUUUCACAAAAACAACUCAUCUCUAGUUGACUUCAUUUAAGAAUGUUGUCAAUAGUUCACAGUCCUACUAUGAGUACUGUUUACCAGCGACGAGGGGCUAGAUUUUAGAUAAACAUCCUUUGAUUUGGCUAAAUAAAAGACAAUGUGUGCUCGAUAGGCCCCAAAAAACUGCUUAAAACUAAAAUGUCAUUGUGGUCCAGCGGUGUAGACAAGCCGUCCAGCUGGCUGCCUCCACUGCCCCACUAUUCUGUCCAAUAAAGUGUGAAAACAAUUUUCACCAAAUGUUAAAUACAUUAGAUGUGAAUAUGUAUUAUGUAAAUUCACUUGUUUGGCCGGAAAGCAUGUUGUAAACUGUUUUCUGGCCAAACAAGUACAUUUACAUAUUACUGUUAACUGUGAAUCCAUUUUGUUUUUCAGAAAUAAAGUGUGCAUUUUUGGUUGUACAAAAUAGGGGCUUCUGGCUAGAACCAAUAAUAUCUGUUCAGUGUGGGAAUCGAAUCGAAUCUACAGAAAUAUAUAAUAGUGUCCAGCUAACACCAGAAACAUGUGAGUGGUUGUUUCAAAGAACAUCUAGGUAAUACAGUGGCUUUGGAUAAUAUUUACACCUGUUGAAAUUAUCCACAUUUUGUUCUUAUUUGUUUAAUACAUACAGAUCCAAGGCACUAAAUUCAGUGAGUGCAAAGUUAACAUAAGUAACUGUUUUAAGAUUAAUUUGGCAUAAAUCUUUUCAUAUUUUGAUAGGGAGUUGUAGGAGCUGUGUAGCUUUCCGGAAAAAAAAUAUGGAAAAUUAUUUGAUACAAUAAAAGUGUUUUUGUGCAUCUAAGCAGAUUCUACAAAUGUACCAAUUUAUGUACUGCUUUGUCUAUUUUGUACUUAAAAGAUGGGGGAUUUUUUUUGUACCCUCAAUGUCCUCUGGGUGUCUGAGAGCAAAACUAAAAUCACCUCUUGGUUCCAGACUAGUAAUUUUUAACGAAUUUAUUUGUAAGUACACCUGAUCAGGGUGAUUUUCCACUGACUCUUUAGCUUUUGGUUGAUAGCAUGGCUUCUGGGCGUCUUACAGGAAAACUAAACAAAUUCAUAUUUUCCAGAGAGUCUCCUCAUUCGAAUGGAGUUCCUUACUAAUUUGUCGCUUCAACCAUUUGGACAACCACCACUGACAACUCACAGCCUAUGUAUCUCCUUUCCCUGGCUCUCCCCUUUUAAAUAAUGUAUACCACGCAUUUGUCACAAAUUUUAAUUGAUAUUUACAGACGACUUAGUGACGUCUGUCUAGUUAAGGCAUUCCACCUCCUCAAAAAGACAAGAAAUGUUGCAUUCUAUUGAAGCAUUUACCAUAAUGGCUUGUAUUGCCUAGUUAGCAAGAUUUUGCUGAACACGGUAAAAGAAAAAUGGUGCAGCUAGCACAAAUACAACAGAUAUCACCAAAUUCAAUCAUGCCCACGGAAUAAACUCAUGGAUUAAAAUUAUAAUUGCAUCAAUCUACAAACAAUAGCUGGUAAUUAUAAAGCAAAUAAAUUUUUUUAGGCAUUGGUGCCAGUAUAUUGAAAAUUCAAAUGUGAAACAUUUCAUGUGAAUAAGUAUUCUGCCCCUUUAUUCAGUACUUUGUGGAAGCGCGUUUGGCAGCAGUCACAGGUUAGCAUUGUCUUGGGUCUAUCUCUACCAACUCUGCACACCUGGAAUUUGGGUAGUUUCUCCCAUUCUUCCUUGCGUCUUCUCAAGCUCUGUCAGAGUGGAUGGGGAGUGAAGAUGAAUUGGCUCCCCAAUUCAUCUUUAGGGCACCCCACAGAUGUUCAAUGAGGUUAACGUCCAGGCUUUGGCUAGGCCUCUUAAGUACAUUCACAAAUUUGUCCUAAAGCCACUCAAAUCAUUGUCUUGGCUGUGUGCUUUGUGUCAUCACUGUAAUGAAAGAUGAAUCUUUGCCCCAGUCUGAGGUACAGUGCGCUCUGGUUCAGGUAUUUACAUCCUUCAUCCUUCCCUCAUUCCUGACCAGUCAUCCCCAUAGCAUGAUUCUCCCUCAUUUAGAGCACAGACACCUGUUCAUUGUUGUUAUUAAGGGUGUUAUUAAUCUUGUUUUUGCCAUACAUAGUACUUGGCAUUAAGGCUUAAUAGACCAGACCAGAGAAUAUUUUACUCUGAGUCCUUCAGGCAACAUGUCACAUGCCUUUUACAUAGGAGUUGCUUGUGUGUAGCCACUCUACCAUUAGAGCUGAUUAAUGGAAUACUGUAGAACUAUCUGUCCUUCUAGCAAGGUCUCCCAUAUCUGCAGAGAAACUCUGUUGUAGUGGGCAUUAUGUCCUUCCUGACCUAGGCCCUUCUUACCUGGUUACUAGAUUGCCUGCCAGACCUUAUAAAGACAGAUGUGUGCCCUUCUAAAUCAUGUAAAACCAAUUUUAUUUCUUAAAUGACAGGUGGACUUGAGACAAGUUUUAACAACAUCUAAAUUGUGGAGGACAUCAAGGGGUUUGAAUACUUGCCAAAGCCACUGUAUAUGUGAAGUUACUGGGGGUAGAGUCUAUUGCAAAAAUGUUUUCUUGUUAUGGUACUGGGUUUGUGAAAUGUCUAAAGCUUUAUGUAUACUGUACAUAUUUAUAACCACAUUUAAUUAACUGGGAUAUUUCUGCUAGCAUUUUUCUUUUAAAAUCAAAAGAUUUCAAUACACAGAAUAUUUUGAAAAAUAUUAUCUUAGUUUUCAGUAAGAAACAAAAGUGGGAUAUGUAACAAAAAUACGUGACAAAUUGAAAUCAACAAGUUAAAUUAUAUUAUUUGAAGAAAUAAGGGGGAAAUAUUUUUAACUGUCCUAUGAUAUUUUUCUCAGUCCACCUCAGUCUACAGUUGUCUCAAAAAUAUACAUUGUGCAAGUUAUUACAUUCUCAGAUAUAGAGACAGCCAAUCCAUCUAUGUGAUGUGCACACCACUAACGGUCAGAACAACCACAACCAGUAAAAUUGUGAUUCAAAGAAUUUAUUGUGUGUAAAGUUUGUCAUACAUCGUUGAUUCUUUGUUCAGAUGGAGAGUGCUGUUCACAUUAUCUCUGCGAUAAAUAGUGUGCUUGUGCUAUCAAUUUCAGUUGGGUUGUCAAUGUGUUACCUAUUAACUGUGUGCAUGAGUGUAAACAUAACUGUAUAUAAAACAAGUUGUGGCAAUUAUUAACAUAAUUUAAUUAAUAGUAAUGUAUUUGGGUUCAUUACAUUUUAUGUGCGUGCUUGCUCCUAAAACAAUUUUAUUUUAAAGACUACAGUUUAAUGUCAAAUGAUUUGUAUGAAAGGCAAUAACUGAUACUCUUGUGCUGUUGGCUAAAAUAGUCCUUCAUACUCUACAAAACAGCCUUGCUGUUUGAGUUUGCAGAUGUAAAAUUUCAGUUUUGUUGAGAAUAAUGCAGCAGUUCUUUGUGAUAUUUUUUGUAUAUAGUGUACAGUGUUGUCGAAGUGAGGUUGUUGGCCUCAAAGUUGAAAAUAGUAGAUUCAAGCUAUUUACUACAAGGGAACACAAGAAUAGCAUUUGUCGCCUUCCAAGGGGACACACAUUUGAAUUGUCUUUCACAAUUAUUUUCCUCAUGUACUGUUCCCUUUUUCUAUGAGUCUAGGUAUUUCACACGUCCUUGUUGAAGCUUUUUAUCCAUUCUUCAAUGAAUGUUGUCUUCAAUACAUUCAGGGGCCAAAAUGCAUACUACUAUAUAAUGAAUCUAGUCAAAUGUCUUUAUGAAAGAUAUCACUCUAACAUUGUUGCGUGAAUGCAUGGUAUUAUAACUUCUUAUAAUGUUUUGACUGGUUGACACAACAAAAGUUGAAUUGAGACAUAUACAGCUUAUGAUUAAAAACAUGGCUUUGCAAUGUUCCUAUGCGAGAUGUUACACAAAUUAAUUUAGUUUUCUUCACUGGUAACUGCGUUAUACCCAACUCUUCUGACCUCCUUGUAUAUGCUACAUUGUGGUUUGACAGGGGAUGAACACAGAGAGGAGUUAGCUAAUGCCAAACAGACUGGAUCACCAGGCUAGGUAAUACAAGCACUAUAUUUAAUUCAGGAAGCAUUUUAUAUAGCAUACAUUUCUUUCUUUAGGUUUCAUUAACUUUGUGCAUUUUAUUUAUCAGGGUUUAUAGUUUGAAAGUAUUUGUUUGCUGUUAUAAUAUAUUUGAAUGUUAUCAUUUUCAUUGUGCACACAAUAGGAGAAGGACGCAAUCUAUUCUGUCACAGGAAAUAAACAUUUAAAACCUUG